CGUGUGCAGUUGAGUUGAGUUGAGGUAUUUUUCACUCGACAUGAAUUUCAAUCACAAAUUGCUUGUUCUACUGUUCAUUGCCACCUGGGUGGCGGUGGUGGUGCCACCUUGUGUGGCCCGUGGCGGUCGCGGUCGUGGUGGAGGGUCAUUUGGUGGUCUCUUUGGCGGUUGGCGCAAAUACAAGAAGCCCUCGUCAUCGGGCGGUGGUAGACGUGUAAUAAGCGGUGAACCUAUGCAAACGUCCAUGUCAAUACCAAAACCACCGCCUCCACCAGCACCGCCGAAACCAAUGAUCAAACCCAAACCCCAGGUACCAAACUAUCCGCGUCAGCAAAUGCCAACAGGAUUUACGGGCUAUGGUGGCCAAGGAGGAAUGGGGGGAACAUACUAUUCCAAUCCCCAGGCAUUGCCUGCUGGCGCUAUAUUCUAUGCCCAACCACCACCUAUGCCUAUGUCUCGUGGUUCAGGCACGGGAGAUUUUCUCACUGGCAUGUUGGCUGGUCAUAUGAUGAAUAAUCUGCUUUAUGGACGUCGCCAUCAUGUCUACCAUAGAAAUCGAGAAGGUGAACCACCAGCUCAAACUCAAUCCAACAACGGACGGGACAUUAUAAUCAUUGAGAAUGGAGCUGUCCAAAAUGAAUCUUCUAUUCCUGAAGAAGCGGUAGCUGUAGCACCCGCGAAUCCUUUAUCGGAAGAGAAUAGUUCGUCCAUGUCGAGUGAAUCGGACACUGAAGAUGAAGUCACACCUGAACCACCAAGAGAAAAUAGCGAUGCAGCGCCUGGUCCUGGUGGCAUCAUAUGUUUCCCCAUUAUGCUAAAUGAAACAAAUCCUGAAAAUCCAGAAGAAACGCGAGAAGUGGAGCGUAUUGUUUGCUUUCCUGCGCCUGAUCCAAAUCUAAUCGAAGCUGACAUUAGCACAACAUCUACUGAGCCACCAAUUGUUGCCGGCGAUAUUGGUGGUCCAGAUACUGAGGAGGAUGUCACGGAUGUGGAUGCAGAAACGGAUAUAAAUGCUGCCCCUAUUGCCAGUUAUGUUGCUGGCAGAGCUGCCCAUGCAAAUGUUAAUGCUUAAGUCUAGAAUUACCUUAUCUACUAGCAAUAAGAGUAUGAAAUAAAGCUUAUACAUAUUUAUGCUAAAAUCA